GCAGCACUGUAAAAUACUUUGAGGGAGCAGGGCAGCACUUUCAGACUUUUGUAAUUGGCUGCACUGUUGCCUUCUUUUACCAUCAGCUUGGCAGCUCCCGUUCAACUUUUGAUAACAAAAAAAUGUUACGCGAAGCGCUGCUGCGAAUUGGAAGCCGACGCAGCUACAGCUACAAGUCUGUACGGCGCCCAAACUUGAGCGCUGUUUCCGCGGCCAAGAGUCAAGAGUUGCAGACACCGCAGCCAAAGCCGGCGGCGAAUGAAUCCCCCGCACAUGGCGAGAUCAGUCUCAGCAAACAGCUGAGAGCCCGAAUUCUGGCCACGGGACCCAUCACAGUGGCCGAAUAUAUGCGUGAAGUGCUCACAAAUCCCCAAGGCGGUUACUAUAUGAAUCGUGAUGUAUUUGGACGUGAAGGUGACUUUAUCACAUCCCCUGAAAUAUCACAAAUCUUUGGAGAGCUGGUGGGCGUGUGGUUGGCAAGUGAAUGGCGCAAACUUGGAAGUCCGUCGCCCUUUCAGCUGAUUGAAUUAGGUCCGGGACGCGGCACUUUGGCACGUGAUGUACUUAAGGUGUUGACCAAAUUCAAACAGGGCGCCGAGUUCAGCAUGCAUAUGGUCGAGAUAAGUCCGUAUCUGAGUCUGCAGCAGGCGCAACGUUUCUGCUACACGCACCAGAAGCUGCCAGAGGAUGCCCAGUUGCCACACUAUCAAGUGGGCACCACAGCGACGGGCAUCAAGGCGUAUUGGCAUAGUCGGUUGGAGGAUGUGCCGCCGGGUUUCUCGCUGGUGCUGGCGCACGAGUUCUUUGAUGCGCUUCCUAUCCACAAGUUGCAGCUGAUCGAGGGGUUGUGGCAGGAGGUGCUCAUCGAUGUGGUGGAGCAGCCAGAGUCCAAGCUGCUGCCCGAGUUUCGAUACGUGAUAUCCAAGUCACAGACACCCGUCUCACGCUUGUUUAAACCACUGCCGAAUGAAACACGCACCUGCUUGGAAUACUCUUUGGAAGCGGAACGUCAUGUAGAUUUGCUGGCGCAACGUUUGGCGGAGCAUGGCGGCGUAGGUCUCAUCAUGGACUACGGACAUUUGGGCGAGAAGACGGACACGUUUCGUGGCUUCAAGCAGCAUGCGCUGCACGAACCACUGCUGGAGCCGGGCACCGCUGACCUGACAGCGGAUGUGGACUUUAAGCACUUACAACAUGUGGCCGAGUCGCGUGGUCACAUCCAGUGUUAUGGACCGGUGGAGCAGGGCGAAUUUCUGGAGCGCAUGCAGGGAAAAGUUAGAUUGGAGCAGCUACUAGCGAAUGCACUGCCCGAGAACAAGGAGCUCAUUAAGUCGGGUUACGAGAUGCUAACAGAUCCCAAGCAGAUGGGCGCACGCUUCAAGUUUCUGUCCAUGUUUCCCUCUGUGCUCAACGAUUAUCUAAAGAAAUAUCCUGUGGCAGGAUUCAGUUAAGCUACAAUAUAUUGAUUUCAUUGUUAUACACGGAUUGAAUUGAAUGUGUUU